AAAACCUCCGUGUGAACCGGGGCGUGUUCCCCAUGAAUUUGGCCCGGCUGUUGGCCGGUGCCACGCAGCUGGUGGAGGCUGAAGGCGGUCAGGAUGCAGGGCAGGCGACAUCUGUGCAUUCGUCAUCACCGCUUGAGCCUGUGUGUACUGAGCCCUAUUGCGGUGGUUUUUGGUGGGCGCAGCUUGCCCCCAAAGUUCCACACAUUGACGGUGAACUUGGCUCCAAGGCCGCAGAGGAAUCGCAGGAAGCAACAAAGGUGGACUUCCCUGAGGUGUCUUUCUACCCUGCUUUUGACCCACCGAUCUCAUCUGCCGUCAAGUUGUUGCCAGCGAAUCGGGGCGCCUUCGAUCGCUGGAACAUCCCAAACGCCGUGACCGUGAAGGUGGGCACCCUGGCAGAGAUGAAGUUCCUGACGCAUGAGGUGCUCAACAACUUCAUGCGGGUGCAGGAGGACGCUGGUCUAGGUGAGCCAGAAUAUGUGGUGCGGCAGGGUUUGCAAUUGAUCAGCUGGAAACCGCGGGGCGGAAGGCUUCACGUGACACCCUUCCUGGGAAGCAAGAAGGAGAUGAUGAACGCCAUAUUGCCUGCCACCUUUACCUUUGGCGGCAAACCGACAUCCGCUCCGUCGCAAGAUGCGACCCAAAGGAUGGAACCAGAAAUUCCGGACGCUCCAAAUUAUGGCCAAUACCUUCGACAAGAGGACAAGCCUCGGCCCCCCAUGGUGCUGCCCGUGAAACGCUUGGACUUCGUCCUUCACCGACAUCGUCCAUUGGCUGCAGCCUGGGAGCAGAUCUUCUAAGCUGCAGUGGUUGGAAAACGCCUCAAU